CAGAACUCGUGGGCCUCUGUCUAGAAAGGACUUGCUGCCCCAGAACAUUCGACAGUCGAGAGAGGGUAAGAGAGUCUCAUUUCUUGCGCGAUCAUACAGCGAUAUCUAUUGGAAGGCGAUCCUCGACAGGCCCGAUACCGACAUAGAAGCCGCAAUCAAGGUUGGCGCUGGACCUCGAGGGAUGCGUGUGGACGAUGUCCACGAAGGUUCCUCGAAUGGCACAAGUACGGCGAUGAAGAAAAAAAUCAGUUGGACUGUCGACUACGAGUUCCAAAGGAAGUAUACCGAUGCGAUUUCCGAAGCGGAUCAUUACAAUACCUUCCCGCCUAUUUCUUGCCGCUCAACAUGGGAGUGGAGCUUUUUGGUGGACUUUGUCGAGUCGGCGCCUCGCCUUCUGAGAGUUGACAUCAAAGAGAUGGACUUCGAAGUCUUCGAA